GGGCUGGGCGGUGGAAUGAGUCAGGGUCUGUGAUGGUGCUGCUCGCGCUGCAAUUUCAUCAGCGGCAACAUUUAUUUCGUUUAGCUUCCUUCAAAAACACAAAACGAGAUAAGGAGAGGAGUAAAAACAAAAUUAACCUUCAGAAUUUUUGCCAUAGGUCUAUCACAUUUUACAGUUGUGUGAUUUCAAAACAACAGUGUAGACCUAGGCUAUCAUUCACAAAUGAUAGCAUUCUGGGGAGUAAAGCGUGCUUUGAAUUUUUCUAGGGUGUCAUUAAUAGACCGUUAUAAAGACAUCACAACGAAGACCCGUUGGUAGAUUUCCGCAGGGCAAUUGUAAACUGCUGUUCAUGCGUUGCUGUGAGACGUUCUUUCGGGCGUUUGUUCUACGAAAGCUUCUCAAUGCAAUGGAACCUGCAGCAAUCGGGUUCUGAGCCGCGCAACCAAACCACAAGCUAGACAGCAGUCACCAUGGAGGCGAUAUGGUUGUACCAGUUCAGACUCAUCGUCAUUGGGGACUCGACGGUGGGGAAAUCGUGCCUGAUCCGGCGGUUCACGGAGGGAAGGUUUGCCCAGGUGAGUGACCCGACGGUCGGCGUGGAUUUCUUCUCUCGCCUGGUGGAGAUUGAGCCGGGGAAACGCAUCAAGCUACAGAUCUGGGAUACCGCUGGACAGGAGCGCUUCAGGUCCAUCACCAGAGCCUACUAUCGUAACUCUGUGGGCGGGCUCCUCCUGUUUGACAUCACAAACCGCCGUUCCUUCCAGAAUGUUCAUGAUUGGCUAGAGGAGGCCCGGAGCCACGUACAACCACACAGCAUUGUGUUCCUAUUGGUCGGCCACAAGUGUGACCUGGAACCUCAGCGCCAGGUAACUCGUCAGGAGGCUGAGAAACUCGCCGGCGCCUACGGGAUGCGUUACGUAGAAACUUCGGCCCGCGACGCCAUAAACGUGGAGCACGCCUUCACGGAGCUGACCAGGGACAUCUUUCAGCUGGUGAGGAGCGGUGACAUCACUAUCCAGGAGGGCUGGGAGGGGGUGAAGAGCGGCUUCGUUCCCAACGUGGUCCACUCCUCCGAGGAGGUCACCAAGAGCGACCGACGCUGCCUCUGCUGAUCUAGAGGGAUCCUCCUGAACUUGCACCCAGAUCAAUUUCAGCUAUCUAGUCUAGCCAUUUGCCUCUACUGAUCUGCAUCUGGAUGGAGGGAUCCUACUCACAACUAGAUCCCUGCCUGGUUUUCAUUUGAUCCUCCUUGGUCCUCAAAAGGUGUCCACUUUUCAGAGUGAUCUGCUAUCUGGAUGGAUGAUGGAUCCCUUCCCUACAAAUACCUGGUUAAUACCUGGUUUCCCUUUAGGUCAGGGAUGGGGAUCUUGGAUGGGGGUGGGGGACACAAAAAAUCUGAACUCAUCAUGAGGGGCCGCAGUGGCUCACAGGUCUGUGUACCCACAUCCAUACCCAAACCUGUCUCUGAUUUGUACAAUCAAUCUAUUUGUGCAGUUAAACUACUUAACUCUUAACUAAAUGCAUUAUACCAGUAGCUAGGGUCCAUCCUUAGCCUUUUGGUGGCGUUAAGCGAGAUCACAGGUAAAACAUUUUACUGGCCCCCGUCUUGACGGUGGAGAGAAAAAAGUACAUUUCCAGCAAUUCUACACAUUUUGCGAUGGUGCGGAGGGAAAAGGUGUACCAUUUUAUAACAAAUUUCAAGCAAUUCUACUCAUUUUGCCAUGAGGCAGAGAGAGGAAUAAGCAGUUUUACAGCUAUUUUCCUGCAAUUCUAUCCAUUUUGCCAUGGAGAGGAGAUACAUUUUUGCAGUUUUAAAACUAAUUUCCUGCAAAUCUACACAUUUUUGCCAUGACGUAUGCCAUGUUAAUAUGAUAUAUGAGUGAGAGUGACUAACAAAAUCAAUUGAUCCCCCCUGGAGGUCAAGGCCCCUGGGCAUGUCUGGUCAGUAUUCAGCCAUGAUUACUACAAGUAAAACAUUUGAUAAAAUAAUUGUUAGCUGACAUAGCUAAUUGAGUGAGUGACUUAAGAGAAAACCUGCUGAUGCACAACCACAUUUUAAAACUGCACCUUGUGAAUUCUACUAUUCUAACUCCCAACAGUAAGUUGAGACCCUGACUGAGUUGCUAAACAUGGCCCAUCCCUGCUUUAGGUAAUUUUCUUGAACUGCACCCAGAUCUAUUUCAGCUCUCUAGUCACCUGCUACCCCGAUCUCUUCUCUUCCACUAUGCAAUCCGAUAACACAAUUGAUACGACCAGAAGGCAUCACACGUCCCCUUAGGUUCGUUGGGUCAAUAUGGCCUUCUAUCUGAUUCAGUUGUUCAAAGGAGACUGAGGAGGAGGGUCUCAGAGUCUUACUUUCCCCUUUUGGGAAAUUAAGUCUGGUCCCAAACACAAACUCUGUGGUUCUAUACCUACUUCUCCCAUCAUCGAACUAACACUCCAAUCCUCACCCUUCUCCAUUAACCAACGCCAUAUUGGACCUUAUGGACACUUUGGAAAUGGACUGAAUGUAAGGGGACGACUGUUUGACUCUCUAUCUGACUGUACAAGUGGACAAAGGGACUCCCGGGUCGUAUUCACUAGACAUCAAGCGGAAGAAAAUGCACUGAAAUGGAGAGGGAGAAUAAGAUUUGUUUUAAAUGGUUUCAAAACGUUUUGCUAUGGUGUGCACUAAUGAAUACGACCCAGUAAAGGCGGACGAUGAGAUAUUGGGCACACCGGAGGCCGACACUACCUGUACAUUUACCUGAAUUAACUGUCCCCUUUGAGACUAGCCUAUGAGUGAUUCCAGAAUCUAGCUGAGGAAACCAUGGUAACAGUGGACAGACAGGAAGCUGGGAGAAACGCACCCUAAAAACACUACAUUACCUAUAAUUCCACAUCUGCAGGCAUCUAAAUUACACAUAUUAAUGACACAGUACAACAAGUAUGGCAACAGACAUGUGCAUUCAAUAUCAAUCAGUCUAGAAAUAAGAAUAUUCAUUCCAUAAAUAAUCACAUUAUCGUUCGAUAACGUUAUCAUGAAUGACCAUGCUGUUGUGUUGAAAGUCAUAUUUUAGUUGGGCGCACUGGAUGUAACAACGUUUCUGGUUUGGUAACUGAGAAAUUAAAUGCUUUGGCACAAUAGGUGGAGGAGGGACAAAACUUGCUGUUUUGAAACAAAAGAUGUCCUACGUAUUUUCCGUUCAAGAUGUUUUGUAGCCACUGUGUUCAAGGUCAAUCUCUUUGUCAUCAGCGCUACAAGCUACUUCCUGCUAUCAGAUAAUCAGAAUCCAAAACUUUGAUUCUUUCUUCUCUACGCUGAGUAAUAAUAACUGCAAGGAUGAACUGCUAUCAUCCACUUUAUUCAAAGAGAGUUUUGGCAGCACCAUUUAAUGUGACUGUAACAUUGUAGGGAAAGGGGGGUGUUGACAGUGUGCAAAGGCACUUUCAUCUAAAAAUGUAUCGCUGACAAUGAGGACAGGAUGGGAAAUGUUCUCAAUCAUUUAUUACAAUAAAGGGGACAUCUUGCAGGGCCUUGACAAGUGAUAUCCCAUUAAGUGUGACUUUAUUACUUUUUCGGCGUAGAUCAAGAAUGGGCAUCUUUGGAUUCCGUUGCAUCUUCCACUUGCUUGGACAUUCUGGUUCUAGAAUGGAAUCUUGGACAUCAUGAUAACUGACAUGCUUUGAUAACUGAUCUCCUUCUCUAACUAUGGUCCAGCCAUAACCGGUGCUCAUAAUUGAACGACAGUGGCUUCACCAAUUCAGGAGUUUGGAUCAGUUGGUCCUCAUCAUCAAGUAAGAUACUCUCUAGGUAGAAGUUUCCCCCCCAACCACAGAUCUAGGAUCAGAUAACCCAGAGCACUAACCUUUACCAGUAGGCUAAUGACAAAUAUCCAGUCCUGUGUCAGUGGUUAGAGGAAGCGUCUAUCUAGUCUGUAACAAACAACCAGACCUUCAUGUAGGCGUACAGCAUGUACAGCUCCUAGGCCAUGUCAGAACAUAGGAGUUUGCAGCAACAGACUGAAUGAAGUGAAACAGUGAUACCAAGCUAGCAGUUGCUCAUCAUAUUAAUAACACACAAAAAUACGUUAAUCAAUGUACAGCACUACCAAGGUCGUGUUCACGAGACACCAAAAUGAAGAAUACAGACUGAAAACAGAGAGACUACCUGACUACCUAAUUUCCGCUGGAAAAUGUUUUGCUAUGUUGUGCUCUACUGAAUACGACCCAGGAUGACUCUUCUUCAUUCUACAUCAUCUUUGACAAAGUCUAUCUCCAAGCUGUACAAUGCCAUGUAACUACAGUUCCUUCAAUUCAACAAUGGCUAUGGGAUUUUCUGUGCCACUACUCAUCAAAACAACUUGAAAUGUACAAAAAAUAAUAACAAUAAAAUGUGACUGGUAAAACAAC